AUGGACCAUGUCUCCUAUAAAAACUACUGUCAGUCCACUAGCUCCAAUCGCCGCCGCGUCUAUCCUGUUUCUAUCUCUAAUACCAAAACUCGUGAAAGUGAUUUAGAACGUCUUCUUGAAGCCAUUGAUCAGCAGUCACAGCAAGUGUGUCUUGACGAAGAUCCCCGCGUCAAACUUAUCCGUCGUUUAUUGACCUAUCUUGCUGACUGGCGCCGUCGUCUUCGCGAAGCUCUCUCUGCAGCUCGCCUCGGUCUUACCACUGUUUCCUCAGUUUCUAGGCUCGCACAUGCGGCUCCUUGCGGCAAUAUUGGAGCCAACCCCAUCGGCUCAGCGGGAAAAGGGGCUAUUGUUUUCGUGAAGCCGAUGCCUGGAAUCUCCGUCUGCUCUAGUUUCCCUAAGCUGGCGGCCAACAUCUAUCUAGAAGAUCUUAAACGCGAGUUGAGCCAUGAAUUUCCGGCAUGGGCCCUCCGUAUGCCAGAGUGUCAAAUCCUUGAUCUUGUAAAUUAA